AUGAAGCCCUAUUUAUGUUCCCAGUGCAGGAAAUGCUUCCUACAGAGACAAAACCUUGGUGAGCAUGAACAAGCGCACAUUCAGGGUCAGCCUAAAGUUUGUAACAAAUGCGGAGAGAGAGAGGCCAUUUUGCAUCAUCCUGCACCAUCAAGAAGUGCUCACUGUGCCAGGAUUUUGGCCAUUUGGCCAAAGAAUGCACCGAGAUUCGGUGUAAUUUCAGAGAUCACAGGUCAUUAUACAUCUGGCAGGUUUCCCAAAAAGGUCCCAUGUCCAGAGUGUGGUAAAUUUUUCACUUGGAAGUCAAGCCUGGUCAAGCAUCAGAGGUGUCACACGGGUGAGAAGCCUUAUUCGUGUUUGGAAUGCGGGAAAUGCUUUGCGUACAAACCGGACCUUGUCAUACAUGAAAGAGCUCACAGAGGCGAGAGGCCUUUCGCUUGCUCCGAGUGUGGGAAAUGCUUUGCUAAGAAAUUUUGCCUCGUCCAACACCAGAGAACUCACACGGCAGAAAAGCCCUAUUCCUGUCCCGAGUGUGGAAAAUGUUUCAUGACAAAGGCUUGCCUUUUCCAACAUCAGAGGUCUCACAGCGAGGAGAAGCGGUAUUCAUGUUCGGAAUGUGGGAAGUGCUUUAGACACAACUCAGAUCUCCUCAAACAUCGAAGAACUCACACAGGGGAAAAGCCUUAUUCCUGUACAGAAUGUGGAAAAGGCUUUUCGGUGAAGGCAACUCUUGUUCACCAUCAGAGAAGGCACAGAGGGGAGAAACCUUAUUCAUGUCCAGAGUGCGGGAAAUGCUUUGUCCAGAAAUCAGACCUGGAUAGGCAUCAUCUCAUUCAUACUGGUGAGCGACCGUUCUCUUGCCUUGAAUGUGGAAAGUGUUUUACACAAAGGUCGACUCUGGUGGAGCACCGUAGAAUUCACUCAGGAGAGAAGCCCUAUACCUGUACUGAGUGCGGGAAAUGCUUUGCACAAAGGGGGCAACUUGUUGCACACGAACGAAUUCAUGAACGAAAACCUACUUUUACUGUGUAG